CCAAGGCGCGCGGAGGGCGGGGGAGCAGCGACCGGGCCCGCGGGCGCUGCGGAAAGGACGCCGGGGUUGGGCUUGCUCCUCCGCCAGACCCCACCCCACCCCGCCGACCCCACCCCCUGCUCCUUCCUCCCGGGGGCGCGCGCGCGCGGGCUCGCGCUCGGAAGUCAGGGGUCGGCGCGGAGUGCGAACUGUGUCCCGGGUGGGUGAGGGCGGUGCGGAGGUGGAGCGCCGGGCAGCGGUCAGCGAGCCGCACGGUCCUCCUCAGCGGCGCCCACUGGCCCGUCUCUUCCGUGCGAUCCGCCGCCACCGCCCGCCCCGCGAGCCCGGCCCCUGGGCCCCGGAGCUCAGCCCGCAGAGCGGCCUCCGGGGGACGCCGCUGGGCGAGAGGAACGCGCCCUUGCCUUAGCCGUGGCCCAGCGCACGGGCGGCGGGAUGAGGGGCAGCGAGCGCGCCGCGCGGACGCUGCGGCCCCGGGGGCGGCUCUGGCCGGUGCUGGCUGUGCUGGCCGCGGCGGCCAGCUGCGCCCGGGCAGCCAUGGACGAGUGCACGGACGAGGGCGGGCGACCGCAGCGCUGCAUGCCCGAGUUCGUCAACGCCGCCUUCAACGUGACCGUGGUGGCCACCAACACGUGCGGAACUCCGCCCGAGGAGUACUGUGUGCAGACCGGGGUGACCGGAGUCACCAAGUCCUGUCACCUGUGCGACGCCGGGCAGCCCCACCUGCAGCACGGGGCAGCCUUCCUGACCGACUACAACAACCAGGCCGACACCACCUGGUGGCAAAGCCAGACCAUGCUGGCCGGGGUGCAGUACCCCAACUCCAUCAACCUCACGCUGCACCUGGGAAAAGCUUUUGAUAUCACAUACGUGCGCCUCAAGUUCCACACCAGCCGGCCGGAGAGCUUCGCCAUUUACAAGCGCACGCGGGAAGACGGGCCCUGGGUCCCCUACCAGUACUACAGCGGCUCCUGCCAGAACACCUACUUCAAGGCCAACCGCGGCUUCAUCAGGACCGGGGAGGACGAGCAGCAGGCCUUGUGCACAGACGAGUUCAGUGACAUUUCCCCUCUCACCGGGGGCAACGUGGCCUUCUCCACGCUGGAAGGGAGACCCAGCGCCUACAACUUUGACAACAGCCCGGUGCUGCAGGAAUGGGUAACAGCCACUGACAUCAGGGUGACUCUCAAUCGCCUGAACACCUUUGGAGAUGAAGUGUUUAACGACCCCAAAGUUCUCAAGUCUUACUAUUACGCAAUCUCCGAUUUUGCCGUAGGUGGUAGGUGCAAAUGUAACGGGCACGCCAGCGAGUGUGUGAAGAACGAGUUUGACAAGCUGGUGUGCAGUUGCAAACACAACACGUACGGGGUGGACUGUGAGAAGUGCCUGCCUUUCUUCAACGACCGGCCGUGGAGGCGGGCAACCGCCGAGAGCGCCAGCGAGUGCCUGCCCUGUAACUGCAAUGGCCGAGCACAGGAAUGCUACUUUGACCCUGAACUCUACCGUUCCACCGGCCAUGGUGGCCACUGCACCAACUGCCAGGAUAACACCGAUGGCCCCAACUGUGAAAGGUGCCGGGAGAACUUCUUCCGCCUUGGGAGCACGGACGCCUGCUCUCCGUGCCACUGCAGCCCAGUCGGUUCCCUCAGCACGCAGUGUGACAGCUAUGGCCGCUGCAGCUGUAAGCCAGGAGUGAUGGGCGACAAGUGUGACCGCUGCCAGCCUGGAUUCCAUUCUCUCACUGAGGCAGGAUGCAGGCCGUGCGCGUGUGACCCUGCUGGCAGCACGGACGAGUGCAACAUUGAAACAGGAAGGUGUGUGUGCAAAGACAACGUCGAAGGCUUCAACUGUGAGAGAUGCAAACCUGGAUUUUUUAAUCUGGAAUCAUCGAAUCCCAGGGGGUGCACACCCUGCUUUUGCUUCGGGCAUUCUUCUGUCUGCACGAACGCCGUCGGCUACAGUGUCCACUCCAUAAGCUCCACCUUUCAGAUUGAUGAGGACGGGUGGCGUGUACAGGAAAGGGACGGCUCUGAAGCGUCCCUGGACUGGUCCUCCGAGAGGCAAGACAUCGCCGUCAUCUCAGACAGCUACUUCCCUAGGUACUUCAUCGCUCCUGCCAAGUUCUUGGGCAAGCAGGUGUUCAGUUACGGGCAGAACCUCUCCUUCUCCUUUCGAGUGGACAGGCGAGACACUCGCCUCUCUGCGGAAGACCUGGUGCUCGAGGGGGCUGGCCUGAGAGUGUCCGUGCCCUUGAUCGCGCAGGGCAACUCCUACCCCAGCGAGACCACUGUGAAAUACGUCUUCCGGCUCCACGAAGCUGCAGAUUACCCUUGGAGGCCUACUCUUACUCCUUUCGAAUUUCAGAAGCUCCUUAACAACUUGACCUCCAUCAAGAUCCGUGGGACGUACAGUGAAAGAAGUGCUGGGUAUUUGGACGAUGUCACCCUGGCAAGUGCUCGCCCCGGACCUGGGGUCCCCGCCACCUGGGUGGAGACCUGCACCUGUCCUGUGGGGUACGGAGGGCAGUUUUGUGAGUCAUGCCUCCCGGGCUACAGAAGAGAAACUCCGAGCCUCGGGCCAUACAGCCCGUGUGUGCUUUGCACCUGCAACGGGCACAGCAAGACCUGCGACCCUGAGACCGGGGUUUGUCACUGCAGAGACAACACAGCCGGCCCCCACUGUGAAAAGUGCAGCGACGGGUACUACGGAGACUCAACCACAGGCACCUCCGCCGACUGCCAGCCCUGUCCGUGCCCUGGGGGCUCCAGCUGUGCUGUGGUCCCUAAGACUCAGGAGGUGGUGUGCACCAACUGCCCCACGGGCACCACCGGUAAGAGGUGCGAGCUCUGCGACGACGGCUACUUCGGAGACCCGCUGGGGACACAGGGCCCCGUGAGGCUCUGCCGCCUGUGCCAGUGCAACGACAACAUCGACCCCAACGCGGUCGGGAACUGCAACCGCCUGACGGGAGAGUGCCUGAAGUGCAUCUACAACACGGCCGGCUUCUACUGCGACCGCUGCAAGGACGGCUUCUUCGGGAAUCCGCGGGCUCCCAACCCGGCAGACAAGUGCAAAGCCUGCAACUGCAACCCCUACGGGACCACGCGGCAGCAGGGCUCCUGCAGCCCUGUGACCGGGCAGUGUGAGUGCCUGCCUCACGUCACCGGCCGGGACUGCGGAGCGUGCGACCCCGGGUUCUACCACCUGCACAGCGGGAAAGGCUGUGAGAGGUGUGACUGCCAUGCUCUGGGUUCCACCAACGGACAGUGUGACAUCCGCACUGGCCAGUGUGAGUGCCAGCCCGGCAUCACCGGCCAGCACUGCGAGCGCUGCGAGGUCAACCACUUCGGGUUCGGCCCCGAGGGCUGCAAACCCUGUGACUGUCACCCCGAGGGCUCCCUGUCACUCCAGUGCAAAGACAACGGCCGCUGUGAAUGCCGAGAGGGCUUUGUGGGAAGUCGCUGUGACCAGUGUGAGGAGAACUAUUUCUACAACCGGUCUUGGCCUGGCUGCCAGGAGUGUCCAGCGUGUUACCGGCUGGUAAAGGACAAGGUUGCGGAGCAUCGGGUGAAACUGCAGGAGUUAGAGGAUCUGGUGGCGAACCUCGGAGCUGGGGGCGAGGUGGUGACGGACAAAGCCUUUGAGGACCGACUGAAGGAAGCAGAGAAAGAGGUGACGGCGCUCCUCCGCGAGGCGCAGGAGGCCAAAGAUGUGGACCAGAACUUGUUGGAUCGCCUCCAGCGAGUGAAUAACACCUUAUCCAGCCAAAUUAGCCGUUUGCAGAACAUCCGGAAUACCAUCGAAGAGACUGGAAACUUGGCUGAACAAGCACGUGCCCGGGUGGAAAGCACAGAGCAGUUGAUUGAAAUUGCGUCCAGGGAACUUGAGAAAGCCAAGGUUGCUGUUGCCAAUGUGUCGAUCACUCAGCCAGAGUCUACGGGUGACCCCAACAACAUGACCCUGUUGGCCGAAGAGGCUCGCAAGCUCGCUGAGCGCCACAAGCAAGAAGCUGACGACAUCGUACGAGUGGCAAACACGGCCAGUGACACGUCAACUGAGGCAUAUAACCUGCUUCUGAGGACGCUGGCGGGGGAAAACCAGACAGCGCUGGAGAUCGAAGAGCUGAAUAGAAAGUACGAGCAGGCGAAGAACAUCUCGCAGGAUCUGGAGAAGCAAGCCGCCCGGGUGCACGAGGAGGCCAAGCGGGCCGGCGACAAAGCCGUGGAGAUCUACGCCAGCGUGUCCCAGCUGACACCCGUGGACUCGGAGGCCCUGGAGAACGAGGCAAAUAAAAUAAAGAAGGAAGCGGAGGACCUGGACCGUCUGAUCGACCAGAAGUUGAAAGAUUAUGAGGACCUCAGAGACGACAUGAGAGAGAAGGAAUAUGAAGUAAAGAAACUUCUGGAGAGUGGAAAGGUCGAACAGCAGACUGCCGACCAGCUCCUCGCCCGAGCCGAUGCCGCCAAGGCUCUCGCGGAAGAAGCUGCCAAGAGGGGAAGAAACACCUUACAGGAAGCCAACGACAUCCUCAACAACCUGAAAGACUUUGAUAGGCGAGUGAAUGAUAACAAGACCGCUGCGGAGGAAGCACUGAAGAGAAUCCCUGCCAUCAACCAGACCAUAAUGGAAGCCAACGAAAAGACCAGGGAGGCACAGCUGGCCCUGGGCAACGCGGCCGCGGACGCCACCGAGGCGAAGGACAAGGCCCACGAGGCGGAGAGGAUCGCCAGCGCGGUCCAGAAGAAUGCUACCAGCACCAAGGCAGAGGCGGAGAGGACCUUCGCAGAAGUGACCGACCUGGACAGCGAGGUGAACGGCAUGCUGAAGCAGCUGCAGGAAGCGGAGGAGGAGCUGAGGCGGAAACAGGAUGAGGCGGACCAGGACAUGAUGAUGGCAGGGAUGGCCUCUCAAGCUGCUCAGGAAGCCGAGAUCAAUGCCAGGAAGGCCAAGAACUCCGUCACCAGCCUCCUCAACCUUGUGAAUGACCUCUUGGAGCAGCUGGGGCAGCUGGACACAGUGGACUUGAACAAGCUCAAUGAGAUCGAGGGCAGCCUGAACAAAGCCAAAGACGAGAUGAAAGUCAGCGAUCUCGACCGGAAAGUGUCUGACCUGGAGAACGAAGCCAGGAAGCAGGAAGCUGCCAUCAUGGACUACAACAGAGACAUCGAGGAGAUCUUGAAGGACAUCCGCAACCUGGAGGACAUCCGGAAGACCUUGCCGUCUGGCUGCUUCAACACCCCGUCCAUCGAGAAGCCCUAGUAGUGUCUCCCUCCGGGGCUGGAAGGCAGCACUCCCCGCCGGGGAGCCGUCGUGAGGCCGUACGGUGCCUUAACGCCAAGAUUACAUUUUCAGACCCCCGCUUCUCUGCUGCUCUCCACCACUGUCCUUUUGAACCAGGAAAAGUCACAAAGUUUAAAGAGAAGCAAAUGAAAAACAUCGUGAAUCGGGAACAAAGGGUUUUAUCUAAUAAAGUCUCUCUUCCACCUAAUGGCGCUCCCUUACCCACACUUCCCCUUCUGAGUCACGUAAGGGCGUGGCCUCCCACCUUGUUGUUCAGUGGCAUGAGCACUUCGUGGGAACCGGUGUCUGCCAGGGCCGAGCAAGUCGCCCUCCCUUGCUCCCUGUCGCCAACAGAACCUCCUCAGUCUCAGUACUCUUGUUUCUAUGAAGGAAAAGUUUGGCUGCUCAUAGUGGCGUUGUGAUGGCCAGUAUAUCGAGUCUAUAGCUAAAGAAAAGGCAUCUCCUGCCCCUCCUCCUUUUAAGCAAAAAUAACUGAAACAUCCUGUGCCAAAGGUAUCAGUCCUUUAGAAUGUCAAGAGCCAUCACCAGUUGUUGUAGCUACUUUGAGCGUAGGCCACUGAGCCAUGCACGGGUUAGCAUGCAAUGGUUUAUGACAGUCCCCAGGAGAACAUGAGACUGCGGAAGCAGGCUGAGCAUUGUCUCCUAUGGCAGUAAUUGACUAGGAAGAGCAGCUUCUUUCAGGUCUAUGGGCAGCUGAUGAUUUAAAUCUGGAUGGGCAGCUGGUACUCGCCAACAGACAUCUUUUGGCAUUUCAGUCAGUGGGAUUUAUGCAGAAGAAACAGGGAUAUGAUAACCACUAAAGUUUUCCUUUCGAAACGUAAUUCUUAGAGCUAUGUUAGUAGGUCAGGAUGGCAACUAGUCUUGUUAUCGGGCGGAGAACAGCAGUUGGUCCCUAAGACCUUGACAAACAGAAUGAAAGGAAAACAAGCCCUAGUCUUUUCCAGCACAUGGAUGAAACUUAGGCACAGCUCUUAUCGUCGGGAUCCCGUGUGUCCAUUUCCCUCCCACUGGGAAGAGAUGAAACAUUUGACCCUUAGCCUCAGUUUUCUUCCAACGUCCCCACCUUCUAGAAUCCCCCAAAACACAGGGUUUGCCAAAUCCAGGCGGCGGAUAACUUGCACUCAGUAGCUCACGCAGCUGCCGACACCAUCUAGUUCCUGCACUUUGUGGUUCAAACCCACUCCGACCCUUCCCUCGAACGUGUCGAGGGAAGAGCCUUACGCGGAGUUUCCUAGUGGGCUUCUCAACUUUUGAUCCUCAGCUCUGUGGUUUUCUUUUAGGACCACAGUGUGACAAUUCCCUGCCACACGACCCCCCUCCUCCUUCCAACCUGCCUUUGAGAGUCAUAUAUAGCCUUUAACACUAUGCAACUUUGUACUUUGCGUAGCGGGGGAAAGAAACUAUUAUCUGACACACUGGUGCUAUUAAUUAUUUCAAAUUUAUAUUUUUGUGUGAAUGUGUUUUUUUUGUUUAUCAUGAUUAUAGAGUAAGGAAUUUAUGUAAAUAUACGGGCUCCUCUUUCUAGAAUGGCACUGUCUGCUCACUUCACUCUUCCCCUUCCCCGGCACGACGUGUCUGGUUACCUCCGCCCCUUCCGUUUGCAGUCCUUGGGAUGGCGCCUGUCCCCUGCUGCUGUGCCCUUCGCCUUGUGUGUGCAGCGGGCCAUUCUCCAGCGUUAACAUCAGCCUGCGUUCCUCCACAGUCAGCCCAUGUCCAAAGGAACCCAGACCCCUGUUCCACUGUGGUCCCAGCAACCUUAACGACAGCACGGCAUUAUGCGCCAUCCAUGCCUGCUCCAGAGCGGGAGUGCCGGGCUGCUGGGGUAUAUGGGGUAUCUCCCACGUCUGAGUGGCUCUGGCCGGGCAUGGACUAGAAAGGCCCUUUCUGCAGUGGUCUGGGCCAGAGGGAUCAGUCUUGUGAGAGAGCAUGAUUACUGAGAGCACGUAGCAUCAGGGAGAGUGCUACAGAUAGAGAGGGAGAGCCAUGCAGCUCAGUUCUGCCCCUUCCCAUCUGCCCUUGCGCCCCAGAGCUGACUUCGUAUGUUUUCUCCUGUCAGACCCUGAGCUUUCGCUUGCUUCUCUCGGGUCACUUCCACUAGCCCAGGAGGCGUGGCUCGCUCUUGCCAAGUUGUCACAUCAGUGUUUCCUAGCUAGUUCCUCUUGUCAAGUGGCCGUUUCCUAACAGACACUGUGGCCAAGGUCACGGGAAAAGGACCGAAGAGAGACUGCUAGGGUAGUUUUCCAUCUAGCCUAUGGGUCAGGUUCACUCCAGUAAGUCUUAGGCCACGGUGAAAUUUUUAGAAUUUGUUGGCUUUUUGGUUGUGUGUGUGGGGUUUUGUUUUUUUUUUUUUUUUUUUUUUUUGCUUUUCUCCUCCAUCUGUGUGGUGUAUUUUUAAACAGAAUUUUAUUUUUAAAUAAAAGUUCUUUAUAAGAUGAUACCUUGAUUACACUUCUGCAGUAUAGCCAUUGUUUUAUUGUACGGUUCCCCUGAUCUGUAUUUCACGUUAACACAGUUGACAGGGUGGCCGCCACGGACUGCUGGGUGUCACGGGCACCGACGGACACUCCCUGGGAUUGUGGUUUUUAAUUCCACCUGUGGCCCUUUGACCUGUGCCUUCACUUGAGCUGUUCGGCUUCAUUUCUGCAGUCUUGCUCUCCGGGGUGGUGAAUAAAAUGCAACACUUGGCAUUUUUUUAUGUUUAAAAAAACCAGUAUUUUAUUUAUAAUAAAAUCUGAAUAUUUGUAACCCUUCA